AUGUCCUUCAAGGCUACUAUCAGCAAAACCGAGAACCAGUUCAUCUGGCGACGUACCAUUCAAACUCUGGCUACGCUUCAUGAAGAUAUUAAAUUUACCAUAACCCCACGCGAGCUCAUCAUUGGGUCGAUAAAUGGCACGGAUACAUCUAUGAGCCAAGCUUGCUUUAGGUUGGGAUUUUUUGAUGCGUACGAGUUCCAUCCGGAAGAUAUUGUGUUUGGAGAAGAGGGCCAGCAACGUUUUGAGGAUCAGAGUAAGAAUUCGCAUCGAAUGUAUUCCUUUAAGGUGAACGGCAAGCAUCUUUCGAUUCUUUUCCGGAAACCUGACAACGAUGACACUAAACUCAUAUCUCUGGCGAUCAACAAUACGGCACUGUGUCCCGAAGCAUUGACAAACAGGCUACAAAUCAGCAUACAAACGGAAAAUUUGAUCUUGAAGCAAUACGCUCCGAACAUCAAUCCUAUAAAACACGACCCUAUUGUUAUCAGCCUGAGAUAUAAAAAGAGAUUUCUGGACGUUUACGGUACUUCAACCGAGACGCAGGAGCAGCAGCUGGAUCCACGGCUGCUCCAGGUAUUUCAGGGCAUUGCCAGCGAGUUAUCACAAUCGUACUUUAACAGCGACAUUUUUAACACUGUUCGAUCAGAGGAAAAUUUAACCCCGGAAGACGAGAUCAAUUAUCUAUGCUGUGAUAGCGCCAUUUUCAAAAAUUUCAUUGACAGUUGCAGCUCUAAUCUGACAGAGGAAGUCAGGUUGGAAAUUAGCGUGCAGAAACUGUGUUUGACGGCGUUCACAAGAGGAAUAUAUGGUAGAAAUAGCGACGUUUUACGAACUGCAAUGAGAGCCACUAACACGGUAAGCACUUCGGACUUGGAGCAUUACUGCAUUUUUACGACUAAUGACAGCGACGGCGGCAAUAAAUCGUCCGCAAAGGGUGUUAAUUUCAAGCUGAAGGAUUUUCGAAGAUUUGCGAACUUAACAUCUGCAUGGAAAUUCGAGUCAAAUGUUCACGUUUGGUUUUGCCGCCCUGGAGAUCCUAUCUUUUUCGAAAUUGAUAGAGAUGACGUUCGCUUAGAGCUUGUCCUGGUGACUGACAAUGACAUCUCAAUUACAAAUCCCGUAGGCAAUGCAGGUGCCUUAGAAACCGUUAAGCUACCUUACGUGGCUAAUACAGAGGCCACAGGUGGCAGAUCUGCGAGAAUAACAACAGAUCAUCGAACAUAUGUCGAGAAUUUUUCGACUACCAACAGCCCAGCAAGGACAUCCUUACGACCAAAAACAUCCGUGAGUCCCAUUAAAACGCCGAGGCAGCUAUUUGUGGAACCAUCUCAAUUGAGUCAGGAACCACCAAAAUCCCAGACAAAGAACCCGCUUCAAGGCAGAAGAUCCAAUGGCGAGAGCGAAGAUUUAGUUCCCACUAUCGAUGAAACCCGGGAGCCCACCAAAGUUUAUCAAGCUGUUGAGCGCACUAACACCACUGUCGAAUGGGGCAUUUCAAGUGAUCGUCUCCAAGAGCUUAGUGUGGCAGCCGAUCAGCGCGAAAUUCUGAAGCGCGAAAAGCGACGGUAUCUUGAGCAGCUCAAGACGAAAAAAAAGCAGAGAUUGGAAGACGAUGAGACCCUUGGACCCACACAACCAAUUAAACCUAAAGGUAUCUUUGACUAA